CCUUCUUUCAACUCGACAUCGUGGUCAGCUGCAAGAGUAGGCCAACAACUCCGAUCAACAUGGUUUCUAUAAAAGCUUCAAUGGCCAUGGCCGACACAGUAUCAUGGUGCUGCGCCAUUGCUCUGAUAACCCUUAUUCUAAUUAGCUCCAUAAAAGAUGGCACUGCAAAUAAUCCUGUACGAGGAAGGCAACUUCAAGACAGACCCUGUGACGAAAUCUAUGUCGUCCGAGAAGGAGAAACCCUUCAUACCAUCAGUGAUAAAUGUGGUGACCCGUAUAUAGUCGAGCGCAACCCCCAUAUCCAUGACCCUGAUGAUGUUUUUCCUGGACUUGUCAUAAGGAUUACACCUACAAAUCCCAGGUUGAAGCUGCAGCCGAGGCAUUAGUGGAACGCGUUAGCCGUUUGUUCACAGGUGAAUAAAUUGAACUCAGAAAAAAUUCUUAUAGCCUCUUGUGGAUUUAAAAAAGUCUGGCGUAACAGAAAUAUUUCUUGUUCUUGAUAUCUGAUUCCAGAAUUUCCUUUUACCUCUUUUGAUAUUUAUUCUCAUUAGGAGCCAUAGCUUUUGAUUGAUUUCACUGUUGGAUAUAGCUUUCCAAUUUUGGAAUUUGAUUGUUACUCAAAAUGGUGGAUUAAACUACUUGUACAUACAAAAUGUACGUUUUGAUUGACACCUCCUAGGAGAAAUCAUAAACGAAAGAGUACUCAUUUAUGUCCA